AUGGCUGUUGAUCGUCGUUCUAUUAUUACUAAUCUCUAUGAUAUAAACGCAUUGAAAUUUGGUACAUUUCAAUUAAAAUCAGGUGAAUUAUCAAAAUAUUAUUUGGAUUUAAGAGUGAUUGUGUCGUACCCAAAAAUACUAAAACAAGUUUGCACCCUUGUGUCAACCACUAUCCUCAAAGAUGAAGCUAACUCUAAAAAUCAAGUGCGUUUAUGUGGUGUACCUUACACAGCUUUACCCAUAGCUACUAUAGUAUCAAUAGAUACCAAUUUACCAAUGUUAAUUCGCAGAAAAGAACAGAAAACAUAUGGCACAAAAAAAUUGAUUGAUGGUGAAUAUUCUUGUGGUGAUGAUGUAAUUGUCAUUGAAGAUGUAAUUACAAGUGGUGCUAGUAUAUUAGAAACCGUAAUUGAUUUGGAGAAAAGCAAUUUAAAUGUAUCAAAUGUUAUUGUUUUAGUAGAUAGGCAACAAGGAGGCAUGCAACGUUUAAGUGAGAGAGGACUCAAGAUCAAUAGCUUGUUCAACAUUACUGAAAUUGUAACAAUACUUAAAGAAGAAGGAAAAUUAAGUGAUGAAGUUUAUCAAAGUGUUAUAGGUUAUAUUAUAAAUAAUCAAAUUCAACCUGCAAAAGAAUGUGAAAAACCAUUAAGAACACAAUUAGAGUUUAAAGAAAGAGCUGAAUUAUUAGAAACUUCUAAAAUAGCUCAGAAAAUCUUUAAGAUAAGCUUAGAAAAGAAAAGUAACUUAUGUGUAGCAGUUGAUGUUGAUACUGCUGACAAACUUUUAGAUAUUGCUGAAAAAGUAGCACCACACAUUUGUAUUUUAAAAACUCAUAUUGAUGCCAUUAAUGGUGUCACAGAUUCUACUAUUAAUGAUUUACAACUCUUAGCCAAACAGUAUAACUUCCUUAUAAUGGAAGAUAGAAAAAUGGCAGAUAUUGGUAAUACUGUUAAAUUGCAAUACAAAAAAUUAGUUGAUUGGGCAGAUUUAGUAACAGUACAUAGUGUUUCUGGUGGCAUGAUGUUAAAAGGCAUUCAAGAGGUGAUAAAUGAAAACACAGACCAUUGCCGGGGUGUGUUUAUUGUUGCAGAAUUAAGUUGCAAUGGAAAUUUAAUAUCAGAGCAAUAUAUCAAAGAGACUGUGAAGAUAGCUGAAGAGUAUAAAGACAUUGUGGCUGGUCUAGUGUGCCAGUCGCAUGAUGUUAUUUCAUCUCCAAGCCUACUUCAACUUACACCCGGUGUUAAUAUUAAAAAUACCAAUGAUAAUCUCGGCCAACAAUAUCAAAGCCCUAGCGACAUUAUUUUAACCAAAGGAGCUGAUAUUGCAGUAGUAGGUAGAGGAAUUUAUCAAGAUGAUAAUCCUGCUGAAGCAGCCAAAGUAUACAAAGAAUCGUUGUGGAAUACAUAUUUAGAACGUGUGUCAAAUUCUUGA